AGGGGCGUGGCCAGCAGGCCCGGCCCCGGCCACCUUCUUCCGGGCUCCUCCAGCUGCGCGCGCAUCCUCCUCCCCCCUUCUUUUGUGGUCCGACCCAUUGCGAGGGUGACAGGAAACCCUGUGCAGGGAGCGCCGCCAUCUUGGACCUGCCCGAGGAAGAUCCUGAGGGAGCUGCAGGAGCAGUCGCCGCUGCUACCGCCACUGCCGCCCGCACGUCUGCAACUCCUCGGCCAGCCCGCUACUUGCCGGGCCCUUGGCCUACCGCUUCCGCCCCUCUCCUGCUGCGCCCGCCCUCCUCUUCCUCGACCUGACGCCCCCCUCCCGCCCGGAAAGCUGCCCAGCCACCAGCAACCCCCAGUGCCACCAUGGCAACUGCACCAUACAACUACUCUUACAUCUUUAAAUAUAUUAUUAUUGGGGACAUGGGAGUAGGAAAAUCUUGCUUGCUUCAUCAAUUUACAGAAAAAAAGUUUAUGGCUGACUGUCCUCACACAAUUGGUGUUGAAUUUGGUACAAGAAUAAUUGAAGUUAGUGGCCAAAAAAUCAAACUGCAAAUUUGGGAUACAGCAGGACAGGAGAGGUUUAGAGCUGUCACACGAAGCUACUACAGAGGAGCUGCAGGAGCACUUAUGGUGUAUGAUAUUACUAGAAGAAGUACAUAUAACCACUUAAGCAGCUGGUUGACAGAUGCAAGGAAUCUCACCAAUCCAAAUACGGUAAUAAUUCUCAUAGGAAAUAAAGCAGAUUUGGAGGCACAAAGAGAUGUUACAUAUGAAGAAGCCAAACAGUUUGCUGAAGAAAAUGGCUUAUUGUUCCUUGAAGCAAGUGCAAAAACGGGAGAGAACGUAGAAGAUGCUUUCCUUGAGGCUGCCAAGAAAAUCUAUCAGAACAUUCAGGAUGGAAGCUUGGAUCUGAAUGCUGCCGAGUCUGGUGUACAACACAAACCUUCAGCCCCACAAGGAGGCCGGCUAACCAGUGAACCCCAACCCCAGAGAGAAGGCUGUGGUUGCUAGUGACCUCUUUGCCGUGGCUCUCAUUUGACCUUUCACCUCUGUCUGUUGGAAGCAGUACUUUUUACUGCCUCAUUGUCUUCUGUACAUCUUACUGGGUUUAAUUAAAAAGAAAAAAACAACUCUGUUGUAAAAAACAGUUUAACACGAUACUAAACUGCUAAACAACUAGAUGUAAUCAGGUUAUCAAAGGCAAGUAGAGUAAUAAAUCUCUCCUGCAUGGUAAAUCUAGACUUUUUUUCCCCCUUGAUUGUCCUCGUGAUAGGUAUGUCACCAAUACAUGAUUUAAACUGAGCACUGAUGCCGGACUUGAUUUUUACCCCUUCCUCUUUUUGGCAAGGCUUUGUCUCAUUGUACGGUUUAAUUUGAUGAUGUCUUAAGCCUUUCUUCCCAUCUUUAGCUGUUCAAGUAUGUCUGUUGUAACCCGUAAGUUUAUUGCUGUGAAAUGACUUCUGAUGAUAGAGAAGGGGUUCUUAUAACACCUUUUGUUUUUGUUUUUGUUGGAUAAAUUCCCUGUUGUGUGGGUGGCAUUUUUCUUGAGGAGGUUUGCUUCUGUCUUAGCCUUGCACGGGGAAAAUAUCCAUUUAUCUUUUCUCUUGUGUUUAAUUAAUAGCUUUAUCUUUUUUUUUUUACACCAUUUUAUCUUUUCCUCUUUAGCAGAAAGUAAAUAUGUAUAAAAUUUGAAGGAACCGAACUAACAAUACAUUCUGUGUAUAUUAUUUUAAUGAAGAAAAUAAAUUGAUUACUGGCAUUGGAACAGUAUAAAAUACCAGUUUGUACAGUAUGACCUGUAUGUGACCAUGUUUCUCCCUUUCAUUUCAUAUAAGGAAAUAGACACAACUGCAGUUCACACAAUAUACUGGCUCCACCCUUUGGUGCUGGCAGUGUUUGGGGACAUUAUGCUGGAAAGAGCUCCUGGCGUGAGAGGAUUAACACUAGCAGAUUCUGUUCCAUCUUUGCACUGUGGCUUACCUGCUGAUUUUCUUAACUGUUCUUGUGCAAUCAACAAUGUGCUAACCUGCUUUUCUCUUUUUGUAAACGUUUUGCAUUACAGGCUGCAUUUCUUGCCUUACUGUAUAGAAAAAGAAAAAAGGCUGGGUUUAUUAUUGCACAUUUUAAGCUUUUAUACCUUUAUCUUCCUUGGAAUGGUGAGAUUCUGAACCAGACAGCCAGAACCGCAGGUCUGCUGUUAAGGGAUUUUAAAUUGUGCAUUUUUUAAUACUACAGUGAAAUAACUUAAGAGAUCCCUUGUGUUCUUAGUAUGAGGGGCUAUUUUUUGUCAUGUUGGCAUAAAUUGUUUUGUAAAAGGGAAAGUGUUUCUAACGGUGUUUCAAUGUUUGUGCUGAUAUAAAGUAAGUUAUUACUUUACACUUCGGUGGUUUGGCCACUGACAGAAUACUGUAUUGAGCAAGGGAAACAAUCUUAUUUCUUUAGACAACAAACCUAUCUUUUAUCACGUUCUGUACUUCUGUUGAUUUUUGAGUUUAGGGUUCAGGUUGGGAACUGAGAAGUUAUUUGAAGUAGGAUAGGUAAACUUCUGUGUAUGAUAUAAAAAAUGUACUCCCAGCUCAACUGCUGUGUUCAAAAAUACACAUUUUAAAUCCCUAUUUACAGACACUAAAGUAAAAAAAUACAGCUUUCUGGGUUGUAAACAUGUGGUAGUACCAGAGUAUUGUAUAGUCAAUGUUAAUAAAAGCCAAAACUGGAAUGUGCAGAAAAUAGGAUUUGGUUAAUUUGUGGACUCAUCUUUAUGUCUGUCUUUGUUUAACUUUUUGAAAAACAACAUACCUGGAGUCAGGUGGUAUAUUCUGUUAAAGACUUAGACAGUGAUCCAUUUUGCUUACACUGUUGCAUCACAAGGGACUCGCCCAGGGACCAUGACCUGCUGGUGUGUGUAUAUAUUUACAAAAACAAAACAAACAAACCACCCAUUGGGAUAUAAGGUAGCAAUCACAAACUAAAGACUGCGGCUUGUUUAGGUGCAAUACCCUGAUUCCCAAAGUUAGUUACAGUGGGUCUUAUUGUUUUUGUGACAGGAUUUAUUCAGACUGCUGUACUCUUCAUUUGAUGUAACAAAAUGCUAUUAAUCUAAAUAUUUGUAAAUAAAGUACCUGUAUCUAGAUUAAAUUAAAAUUGUUUGCGUUAUUUUCUGAACUAUAAUAGGCUUUCAUAUUUUCUUCAGGCAAACAGUUAUUUGGCGUUAAGUUGCCAGUUUUUAUUGCAGAAUUUUCCUUAUUUGUAUAAAAAGACAAGUCUACAUACAUAGCAUAUAAAUCCACAUUGCUCAGUAAAUGAGCUGCAUUUUAUCCCUGCGUUCAUAUCACAUUUGCAAUGUUUUUCAAUCUUUUUCAGUGUGAGAUCAGCACAUUUGGUGCCUGAUAGUGUUCUCCCUUGACUGUACUUGGGGCCAAAUUCUGUUUGCACAUGUAAUUCCCUAUGAUAAACUUGGGUGCUCAAAAACAGAAGCAGACUGUCAUAUUGUAACGUGUGCCAGACACUGAGCAAGUACACUUUGGAGAGAAUGUGAAAUUCUUUCAAUUUUUAAUCCCUGGAGAGCUUACUACUUUGUGUGAUCACCUGCUUUUCUGGGUUACUCCUUGCCCUUGCAUCUGUGAGGCCCUCCUGAUUAGUAACUGGUGCUCAGUACUCUAUGCGUUAGACAUUCCAGUAUGAUGUUCAAGUAUUUUUCAUGGACAAUAAAGUGUUUGAUGCAGUAA